CCAUCACCAACCACCACCACCACCACCGCCAUGGCCAGGUCUGCACAACUCGAGUCGAACCUUGACGCGCCAUUGCCAAGGCCCGUCUUACAUGUGUACACAGCACAUCCACGGCUAGGCACUUCUAGCGGCCCUGCAUGCACAACGAAUCGCCAGUCUGCCGCUCUCGCUCUCGGCCCAAGCGCUGAUCCCCGUUUACAAAAAGCCCAUCCACAUGCUGGCCAUCAAAUUGGCUGCUCUCGACACCUGGCAAAUGCAGCCGAACAGGACGAGGCUACUCACCUCAUGCCGCCGCGAUCUCAUCUUGACCUCCCACACCAGCCCCCCUCUGACACUGGCAUGCACAUGGAUACGUCAAGUCAAGUCAACCCACGCACCGGCAAACGGCACGCCACCAUUGGCCCUCCAACGCCCCAAAGCCGCCAAAUUUGCCCAUCGUACUUGAGAUUUGCCCUGAUUCAGGUCCCCGCACAGGAGCGGGUGGAGUGGGAAAAUUGCUGCAAAAAUCUCGUCUGA